UGAUGUGCACCGGAAGGAAUUCACGGUUGCUCAAAGAUGUGUUACAUGACCUAACCAGAGAACGUUUGAUAAGCAAACCUCCAGCUUCAUUUUGACCUAACGACGUGUGUCCUAAGAUGACCAGUUGUCCGACAUGUCUACAACAACAGGACGAGUUUUUGCGGGUCUGACUCGAGUCGCUCUCAGUCGACGGAUAUUCGUUAAAGACGUCACGACGACCGUUAGCAGAGUGAACAGUGUGCGGUCCCUAACGCUGAGCUGUCAGAGGCUGGCCCGGUCCAAAAGACCCAGCAACAACGAAGAGGUGAAUAAUGAGCCCAUCAAGUUCUCCACCAGUAAAGCCAGUCACAGGACCUGGAAAGUAGACCGCACCAUGGGGAGCCAGUUUAAGCGGCGUGGGUGGGACGUCCUCCCCUUCAGCCUGUUUGGCAUUUGCUUCCUUUUGUGGUGCGCACUGAGAGGAGAGACGCACAUUGAUGGACAGCUGGAGAAAGAUCUGUAUGAGCAUUUACCCGGAUUGCUUCCAGAUGAAGAGGAGGAGCAAGCCGAAGAUAAACCGAGUUAACAGCUGUGGGACUCGAGAUGUAUAUUUUUUAGGUUAUAUUUAUUGUCAGAUGUGUUUCUAAUAGUCUGCAGUAUGACAGGCUGUUGCAUCAAAUUAUCCUGCUUAUCAGCGCUGAAGGUGUGGUGUGUAGUGAUGCCGUCCAGUGCUACAGAAACUUUUUUUUUUUAAUCAAAAAAAAUGAAUUCGAUUGUCUGACCGUGCUUUGCCUUUUCAAAUUUUUUUUGACCAGAACAUGUGAAUUAAAAUGACUUUGUUGGAGCCA